UUUCCGUCAAAAUUGUCUGUCAAAUCCCCGACCUGUCACUGUGCAUGUGGAACUUCCGAAAGCGAAAUAUUUUUCGUUUUCUUUGAAAAAAUUAUCAAGAUUAUUUAAUUCUCUCAAUUAGAACUGUAAAAAAUGCCACCGAAGGCCAAACCGGCAGCACCCAGUAAGAAAACUGAACAGAAAAAGAAAGAAAAAGUGAUUGAGGACAAGACUUUCGGUUUGAAAAAUAAAAAAGGGGCCAAGCAGCAGAAAUUCAUACAGCAAGUCGAGAAACAAGUUAAAACUGGGGGUCACCAUCCUGUUAAAGAAGAUGGGGGGAAGAAAGCGGAAAAGGAGAAGAAGUUGAAGGAACAGAAGGAAAUGGCUAUUUUAUUUAAGACCGUGCAAACGCAGAAAGUCGAGAAAGGGACUGAUCCCAAGUCUGUGGUUUGUUCGUUCUUCAAACAGGGCCAGUGCGGCAAAGGUGAUAAGUGCAAAUUUUCCCAUGAUUUGAGUAUAGAGCGGAAGGCGGAGAAAAGGUCGCUGUAUGUGGAUAUGAGAGAUGAUGAAGAAGAAACUAUGGAAAACUGGGAUGAGCAAAAGCUGUUUGAAGUGAUAGAGAAGAAACAUGGAAAGACGGGGAAAAUGCCCACUACUGACAUUAUUUGUAAACAUUUCUUGGAAGCUGUAGAAAAAUCAAAGUAUGGCUGGUUCUGGCAAUGUCCCUCUGGAGAAAGCUGUAUUUACAGACACGCUCUCCCACCAGGUUUCACGUUAAAGAAAGAUAAGAAAAAAGACGACAAACGUGAUGAAAUAUCACUGGAAGAUCUAAUUGAAAAGGAAAGAGCAGCACUAGGUUCUACUCAAACUAAAGUCACGUUAGAGACAUUUUUAGCGUGGAAAAAACGUAAAAUUCAGGAAAAAAAAGACGCCGCAAAACGGGAUGAAGACAAAAAACGAACCGACUUUAAGGCAGGCAAACAAGUCGGACUUAGUGGUAGAGAAAUGUUUAGUUUUAAUCCUGAAUUGGCGGCGCAGAAUAACAUGGAUGAAGGCGAUGAAGCGUUUGAUUCUUACAAUUAUUCAGACACCGAAGAUGAUGAAGCGGAUUAUAAAGAAAUCAAUUUAGAUCUAAUUAGUGCCGAAGAGGUUGACGGGACUGGAACUGUGGCCUCUGAAGACCGGCUGAAGACAAGCUCAAAAGUAACAGAAAAUGGUGAAGAAGGUGCAUCUGCAGUACCCAUCAAUGAAAAUUUGUUCCUUGAGGAGGAUUUAGAAGCUUUAGAUGAAGAACUAAACGACUUAGAUUUAGAAGAAUAAGGGUGCUAAUAUUUAGCAUUGUUGGAAUUUAAUUUCAUUACUAAACUCGUAAUGCACACCAGAGAUCAACGGUUUAAAAAAAUAAUGUAUUUGUUAAUUUUAUUUUGAAUAAACAUCUCUAAAGAAAAA